UUCAAAAUGGCGGCAAUUAGAAGCAGACUGUAAGAAAAGGUUGCCUGAAACAAAUAAGUUUUACGGAAAUUUAUCGUUAAAAUGCCUGAAGAAAGAAAAGAAGAUGCAGACGCCUCUAUUGCUGGCGAAGAAGAAGGCGAAGAGGAGAUUCCGUCGGACAUCAUGCCACUUUUCUUCACAAGCAAAACCCAAGAAAUAUUUGGCUGCAAGGGCGACGAGGAUGUUACGGAGGAGAACCCGCACAAGUUGAUCCCGAAGGAAGCAAUCAUUCAGGAUUUCAAAGACAGGGCAGCUGUCUCAGAUUUUCAUCCAGCCAAACAAAUUGUUUUGGACUAUGCAGCUGAUCAACUCCUUGUAGUGUAUGAUCCCAUGUUCAAGUAUGGUCAAAAUUUCUAUCUUGCUCUCACUGAAGAGGCUAAGGAGAGGCUUCUUAAUCCCCCUCAAGAUGAAGCACAAGAUGGUGAGGCAGAGGAAGGAGAUGGAGAAGACCUGAUCCUAACACUCAGAAAGUUUCCCAGAACACCACAGCCAUGGCAGUCACUUGGAAGUGAAGUUGAAGUGGAAGAAGAAAAUGUGAUAGAAAACAGACCUAAGGUUAAAUUUAGAAUUUCAAGGAAGAGACGUGAGUUUGGGGUACCCGUGACUUUUGGUGACCGGAAUGUGUCUGAUGCAAAAGAUGGCUUUGUAGAAUGUCCUUCAUUUGAAGAUGAUGGGUUUAGCUUGCUGAAGAAAGAACUAGACAAAGGCAUACAGGCAGUUCCAGUGUUAACAGAUAAUGGAAAUCAAACAGAAUGGAGAAAACCACGUAAUGCUGUGACACAGUAUAGUGCAAGAACUUUGGAAGAGAAGUCCAAAGAUGACAUCAAAAGAGCAACAACAGACAUCAUCAGCUUUAUUGAAAAAGUCACGCCAAGGUUUGAGCUGGCCUUGCAGCAAAAUGAGAUAUUGGAUGUGUUCUAUGAUGAUUACUUGUCUCUGGCAGAUGAUGAAACUACUUUUGGAGCAAAAUCAGACAAUUAUUUGAAGGAAUACCAGUCAUUUACUGAUCUUCAGUAUAGCAAGGAAAAAACAAUCACAGACAUUCAAUGGCAUCCAGUUAUCAAAGGAAUCAUUGCAGUUUCCUGUGGAGAGGGCCUUUCAUUUGAUGACAGAGUGGAUAAUUUUUCUCGCAUUCUUAUGACAUCUUCCCUGGUUCUUAUUUGGAGUUUUUCAGAUCCAAUACAUCCCCUGGCCCUUCUUGAAGCUCCUGAUGAUAUAUUUUCCUUCAAAUUUAAUCCUUCUGAUCCAAAUAUCAUUGCUGGAGGAUGCAUUAAUGGACAGAUUGUUUUGUGGGACAUAACAAACCACAGUGAAAGAUUACGCACUCACAGGCAAUCUCAUGGCCAGAGCAAGAAGAAUUCUAUGAACUCUUUGCCUGGUUUUGAAGAUGAAUCAAGCUUUGAUCAAUCACCCAUUCUGAGAUAUUGUGCUGUAUCAUCAAUAGAACACAGUCAUAAGACUGUUGUUACAGACAUCACAUGGAUUCCUGAUCACAUGGAGAUCGGCCGUAUGGGAGUUGUUGUUGAAAACAAAUCACAGCAGUGCAAUCAGUUAAUGUCCUGUGCUGCAGAUGGUACUGUCCUUGUUUGGGACACACGCCCCAGUAAGUCUGCUGCACCAAGUCAGGCAGUAGGUCACAAUCCAGUUGGAAUUCUUCCUACAUUUAAACACUUGGACUUAACUUGGAAGCCUGUCCUUAGGGUUACUGUAUCUCACUCGGUUGGUGCUGGUGAGUUUGGCCCAAGUGUGUUUAGCAUUUCAGAACGUCAAGGGGCAAGAACAUCUGGCUCAAAACCUAGUGAGGAAAAAGAGACAAGGGAGAUAUCCAACUUAUCAACCGGUUUGUCCAAAGGUAGAGAUCAUGGCAAGCCUUUGGAGAAUGUCAGCUCAAAAUUUUUCAUUGGAACUGAGGAAGGUGAUUUGGUGUAUAUGGAUUGGAAACCCGAGAAGGAUACGGACAGUGGAAAGAUCGUGUCCCCCCGUCCUGAGCAAGUGUGGUUAGCACAUGAUGGCCCCAUCACCACCCUACAGAGGUCGCCUUUCUUCAGGGAUAUACUGCUUACGGUGGGAGGGUGGACUUUUGCAAUUUGGAAGGAAGGAGUAACGAAUGGUCCUCUUCUUCAAUCAGCGAGUCAUUUAAUGAGGUUGACAAGAGGACAUUGGAGUCCAUCAAGACCAGGGGUGUUUUUCAUCACCAAGACCGAUGGUAAUGUUGAUGUAUGGGACCUGCUAGACAGGUCACACGAGCCGUCUUUAACUCAGAAUGUAACUGCUGCUCCCAUCACGACCAUUUCACCUCAUCAGGUUUCAAGUAAGCAGCAGCUUCUAGCUGUCGGUGACGGUAUGGGAACAUUACAUGUCAUGGAAGUUCCUUGGAAUCUCAGGCACCCGUCCGCUAAUGAGGCCAAUGCAAUGGAAAACUUUUUCGAACGAGAAGUUAAGCGACUGGCAUUCGUGGAAGAGAGGAUGAAGAUCCGAGAACAGGAGAAAAAACAGCUGGACGCUGAAGAAAGCAAGCGGCAACAGGAGGGCAAACGAGCUGAGGAAAGUGACGCUGAUAUCGAGGCUAAACAGAGAAUGGAAUACCAGGAAUAUUUACAAAUGGAGAAGCAGUUACUAGAAGAGCUCGGCAUCAGAGAAGAAUCAGAUGAUCCUAUUGAGGUUUAGUGCAGGUUGUAAUUGUGUUGAAUACACGUUCGUCUGUUAACAGGUCCUGUAGUUAUACUUGGUUGUAAAUAGUGUAUUUUAUACUGUUGUACAUUUUCUGGUACUUAUUUCUUCCGUACGAUUUCUGGUCUUGUCUCAUGAGGGUCGAUCGUGAGCAAAUCCUCUCAAUGAGAACAUGCGAAGGCUCCCGAAGGCUCCAUUCUUCUUACAAAAGGGUUUUCUGAGCGUUCGCGAAAACACUGAACAUUACGUCGUGUUGCGUAGCAACAUCUGAUAAACGCAAAGACUGCUGACUCAGUUUAUACCAGAUAUCUAGCAAGUAUCAGGGGUUUUAUUUUUCAGUGCAGGUUAAUAUAAGCCGCCAACUGAACUUUAACUCAGAGCGUUUAUUUCAUUGGUAGUCACAUCUUGAACAAAAGAAUACCGCGAACGUCUAAGUCAUUGUUUACACUUGAAAUGAUUAAUUAUUUUUAAACUAUUGUCGACGUUUGAAGUAAUAAAGAAAUUCAUACCAGCAA